GAGCACACAGCAUCAUCAACUGGCAGGAUCCAACUGCAGAGCUCUCAGCAGGACACAGCCUGGACACUGCUCUGCAAAGAGUCUGCACUCUGCAUACUGCCUGGACACUGCAAAUUGCCUGGACACUGCCUGGACACUGCAUACUGCCUGGACACUGCAAACUGUCUGGACACUGCCUGGACACUGCAAACUGCCUGGACACUGCCUGGCCACUGCAAACUGCCUGGACACUGCUCUGCAACAGCCUGGAUACUGCAAACAGCCUGGAUAUUGCAUGGGACAGCAGACUGCACUCACACAGCUUUCACCCUAAUAUAAGAGCAGCCUGCAUUCUGUAACAGCAUCCACCCUGUCUAGUGAAGAAGCCUGCAUGCUGUAUGCUGUAUUGAGGAGCAGCCAGCACUCUGCAUGGGAUAGCAGCCUGCACUACCAAACAGCUUUCACCCCAAUAUAGUAGCAGCCUGCACUGUUACAGAAUUCAUUCUGUAUAGGGGAGCAGCCUGCACUGGGUGACAAAAUUCAUCCUGUAUAGGGUAGCAGCCUGCACUUGGAUACAUAAUUCACUCUAUAUAAAGGAGCAGCCUGCACUGGGUUACAGAAUUCGUCCUCUACAGGAGAGCAGCCUGCACUUGGACACAGAGUUCACCCUGUAAAGAGGAGCAGCCUGCACUUGGACACAUAACCAUAACACACCCUAUAUAAAGGAGCAGCCUGCACUGGGUUACACAAUUCGUCCUGUACAGGGUAGCAGCCUGCACUUGGACAGAGAGUUCACCCUACAUAGAUAAACAGCCUGCAGUGGGUUACGGAAUUCACUCUGUAUGCGGAAGCAGCCUGCACUGGAUCCAAUUUGGACAAGUUAAUCUAACUUGCAGAGAGAAUAGCAGACAUUCUAUCUCUGUAUAAAAUUCACGAUAGAACUGACCCAGGACUGUAAGACUGGACACAAUAUUACUGUACAGAAAGGAGUGACAAGUCCUUCCCUUUACUGGGGAGUAGGAGAAGACAGUAAGCAGGGCUCAGAGGAAGUUUGUGCAGGGAAGCAGGCAGUAUAUACCUCUUACAUCUGGAGAUCAGAGUGCUGGGGGUUCUCAUCCCUAUGGGGGGCUAUAUUUUUGGCAGGUGAAAGCCCAUCUGUUUUGGAAUUUGGGCCCCUCUUCCUGGGAUCCCUUUCUUCCAGAGGGUCUGGAUAACUUCAGGCGAAUGCUCUCCAUGGUGUGCUGGACAGGGCCCCCCCUCCAUUGAUCAAUAACCAGAAGAUAGAUUAUUAGGUUCUUUUUGCAACCAGUCAGGAUCUCACCCCAAAUCUCAGAGGACUUACCUCAACUGAGAUGGCCCUCAGAGGCUCCAGCAAUUUAACCCCUUUCUCCAUCCAGGCCAUCCUGAACAAGAAGGAGGAGAGAGCUGGGACUUACCCCAGGCUGGGGAGACUUGUUCCCACCAGCAGCCCCACUACCCCUUCCUGCUGCUGGAGACUCUUUGGAGAAGUGGACUCAGAAGGACUGGGAUCAUGUGGUGGGGCUCAGGGAGUGGGGGCAGGAGGGGAGCAGGCUGGCUGGGACUCAGACUCAGCUCUCAGUGAGGAAGGAGAGCCUGCAAGGCCCAGGGAGAGCUGCCUGCUGGAGGGUCCAGGGGGCAGGAAGAAGCAGAGGCCCCUGGAGGUCAGACCUAAAGAAGAAGAGGAAGAGGAGACCCCAGGCUGCAGUGACUGUGAGAUGUCAGCCAGUGUCUCAGGUACCCAGGGGUCAUCAUGCUUAUUUGCAGAAUCUGGCAUGGGGGGAGGAGGGGGAGACAUCAUCUGAGAUAUAGAUUAACCCACUACAAUCCACAGGGUUUUUAAAGUAUAUGUUAUGAACAAUACUGCCCCUUAAAGGUUAAUCAUCCAGAACACCGGUUACAUUUUGUUUCGUGUGUUUAUAAUGGUUUUUAUUUACCCAAUCAGUCACAUUCCAACAUGGCUUACUCCAAGUCCCUAAUAUAAUGGCAGGAAGAAGGCAACAUCCAAAAGGCACAAUGUUACAACUUAGCAAAAAAAUUUAUUUAGCUCAAAUCAUAUGGCACAGGGUAUUCAGUAUGAGAUCACUGCUAAUGGUGUAUAGAAUUAACUUGAAAGCAAGGUAUUUGAUAUCCAGUUAUUGGGACAUUUAUUAUGUAUUGAGUGUUGGAAAAACACAAAAAAUGAUUUAUAUCUAAUCACAAUUCACUAGAUAGCUAUAUGGAAUGUGCACAUAGCUGUAUCACAUCGUGUUAAAUGCUAAUUAGAAUAGUCGACUCGCAUAGUAUCUAUCAUCUAUCUAUCUAUCUAUGUCUGUCUGUCUGUAUAUCUAUCUAUCUAUCUAUCUAUCUAUGUCUGUCUGUCUGUCUGUAUAUCUAUCUAUCUAUCUAUGUCUGUCUGUCUGUCUAUCUAUCUAUCUAUGUCUGUCUGUCUAUCUAUCUAUCUAUCUAUCUAUCUAUCUAUGUCUGUCUGUCUGUCUAUCUAUCUAUCUAUGUCUGUCUGUCUAUCUAUCUAUCUAUGUCUGUCUGUCUGUCUAUCUAUCUAUCUAUCUAUCUAUCUAUCUAUCUAUCUAUCUAUCUAUGUCUGUCUGUCUAUCAAUCUAUCUAUGUCUGUCUAUCAAGCCAUAGCAUAGGAUUCACUCUCAGUAAAGAUCAAUAAUUUGCCGAGAUUUACUAAAUAUAUACAUAUAUAAGCAGAGCAAGAAAUACUUAUAAAAUAUUAAUAGACGUUAGAUAUUUCAACGUUAGUGCAGUGAUAAUUUUUAAAGCAAAGUUUUAGUAAAUAUGUACAAACAUAUAUAUAUAUAAACCAGUCUACGGUGUCCCUUAUUAGGUCGGAUCAGGCGCCUAAACAGGGAACAAUGUCAAAUAAAAUAGUGUACGUGGCAUCUCUUCAAAUUAUUAUUACUAUUACAUAUUCUAAUUCCUAAAUAAUUAAGAGGUAAUGAAUCUUGCUGCGGGGUCAUUGUGUAAGAUGUGCGGUUUCUUUUUGCACAAUGCUCCCCAGUUAGAUAUAUAAAGCUAAUCAAUAGAUCAGGAUGUAAUAUCAUUAUAUCGUUCAAUAAGCCAGAUACUGUAUCUGAUCAUAGAUUGUUUAUUUACCACUGGGGCGGGGUUACAAGAGAGUAUUUCCCACUGAGAAACAUUGUAACAACUUGUAUACAUUGUGUACUUAUGUUAUAACAAGCUGCAUACAUUGUGUAACAAAUGUCCUUGCUCACAGACGUUCAUUAUAGAGAAAUUAGAGAGAUAUAGAUAGAUAGAUAGAUAGAUAGAUAGAUAGAUAGAUAGAUAGAUAGAUAGAUAGAUAGAUCUCCCCAAAAAUGUGCUAAUAAUAAUAAUAAAAAAUAAAAAAUACUAUAAGUUUUUUAAUACAGAAAUAAUUCUAAAAGUUGAAAAUUAGCUUCCUUUUCCAAAAUAAUGAUAAUACAAAAAUGGACACCAUUAUUCUUAGUUAUAUAAUUUACUAGUCCCUAAUUAUUAAUAAUAUUUUAUUGAUUACUAGAGGUGCAGUCCAAUUGUGUAUAUUGUACAAUUCUAAACUUUAAAAGUAUUUCGUUUGGCUAAACAAUAGCGAUGAUUAUAACGAUAAAAGCAUUAAUAAUAAGAUAAUAAUGUUAAUUGUAUUGUUACAAACCAAGUGGGGCUAUAGUGCAUGUGACACAUCUUAUAAUUUAACACAUUUCAUUAAUAGUACAAGCAUUUUGCAGUAUUGUACUUUUUACUUCUGAAAUCUCAUAUGUCCAAAAUAAUUAAUUCCAUGUCAUAUUACGUAGGUUUGUAUUACCCUGUGUUAGUAUUUAGGUAGCCACCGAUUUGGGAUCACUAAAGCAUAUUAUCAUGGCACUAAUUAAACUGCAAGGAGUUCAUGGUUCAUUGAUUAGCCUCUGGGAGGAUAGGCCUGACUGGAUGUUAAAUCCCAUGUCGCCUUAACAGGGAUCUGUGAUGAACAGAGCGAAUCUAAACGUCAAAUAAUCGUUGUUACUGCUUUAAGUUGUAUUCACUAAACUCCGAUUUGCGGCGAUUUGAUAUCCAAAUGGCAAAAUGUGUGUAACAAUAUGUAAAAUGUGCUAGACUCAUAACUUGGCAUUUAUGUCUCAUUUUUGCCAUUCGAAUUUUAAUUCGCUACAAUUGCACGUUUAGUAAAUAAUACUGUAAACUCGGAGCUGGAGCUAGCGGAAGCAAAUUGGAAACAAACUAAUUUAAGAAACAGUAUUAAACAAUAUGAAUACAAUGUUUACUAAUCAUAAUAAAACAUAAUGUAAAAAUAAACAUAUAAAUAAACAAACAUUAAAAAUGAAAGGAUCAUGACGCUAUAGUGGCGGUAUAAUAUGUAUCAAAUAUAUUACUGUAUUAUUAUUAUAGAUUAUUAUGCAUUUUCUGAAUAUUCUGAACAUUUCUAAUUCAGGCAGAGAAAAAGCUGCACUUUAUAGUGGCGGGUUAUUAUUAUUAGAGGCACACUUCAAUUGCAAACAUUUUAAGUUUUAUUUAUGUACAAUAUACUGAGAUAUUAAAUACGUAUUUACUCAGAUUUUGUAAUGUUUAUAAUGUGGGUGUGUGUGUAUCAGAUAGAUAGAGAGAUACUUUAUAAAUCAUAAAAUAAUAAUACACAGAUAGACAGAUAGGCACACAGAUAGGCAGGCAGAUAGACAGACAGAUAGAUAGCUAGACAGACAGAUAGAUAGCUAGACAGAUAGAUAGAGAGAGACAGAUAGAUAGAUAGAUAGAUAGAUAGAUAGAUAGAUAGAGAGAGACAGAUAGAUAGAUAGAUAGACAGACAGAUAGAUGGAUGAUAGAUAGAAUAAGAUAUUGGAUGCAUACAUAUUUAAUAGUGAAUUCAAAGAGAAUUGCAUAUUUAAGGCCAAAGUAACCGAUCUGAAAGCACAGCAGACUUAGAAUUUUUCCAAUUUGUCUAUUUUGACCUUAAAUUUGAAAUGCACCGUGAUUUCUCAUUUUAGUGGAUAACUCUAAGUUUUCUAUUUCCAAUCGCCUAUACCAUGUAACUAAUGACUGCCCUCCCGUCCACUGUGUGACAGCCAGGGCAGGGAUCAGUGGGAGAGGAUAACCUCACACCCUUCACGUCCUCUGAUACAUUAAACUCUGUAACCAAAAUUAACUUCUGACCUCCAUGGGGUGAGCUUACAAAUUAGUACAGGGGAUGCAAUGCCCCCAGGGGGGUGAGGAUUGGUGGGAGGGUAUCUAUUUGUAUUGUUUUGAUGUGAAGAUGGUAAUAGUUGUUUAACACUUUGAUGAUGAUCCAUGUCACCUGAUGUUAUCCUGCUAAAUAUUUCAGGUGAAUAUCUGCAUAGAGAGUGGAUCUAAACAUUAUUCUGUAUUGUUUAUUAGUACAUUGCAUUGUUUAACCCAUUCAAUGCGGGGAGCGAGACACUUUGAUAAUAAUAGCACACAUUUCAUUUCUUCUAGAACAAUCCCAUUCCUUUAGAAUAUACAGUGAAGUUAUAAUGUUAUGAUUCUAUUAAAUAGCUAUACCGUUUUUGUGUCUUUUUUUUUUUAAUAUAUAUAUACGCUGCGAUAGGGUCAGUGCCUUGAGCCUCAUUCCUUCAGUGGGUUCGAAGCAGGAACAGUAUUCUGCUGUGAAGAGUUCACACUAUUUAAGAAUAAAACCCUGGGUUUUAUAGAACUGUGACUAUACGUACAGAAACCUGGCUAUACCUAUAGAACGCUGGCUGGAUUUAUAGAACCCUGAUUAGUAAACUUAUAGAAUACUGGCUGUAGUUAUAGAAUACUGGCUGUAGUUAUAGAACGUCGGUUAAACUUAUAGAACGCUGGCUAUACUUAUAGAAUACUGGCUGUAGUUAUAGAAUACUGGCUGUAGUUAUAGAACGCUGAUUAGUAAACUUAUAGAAUACUGGCUGUAGUUAUAGAACGCUGGCUGGUUUUAUAGAAUCCUGAUAAAUAAACGUAUAGAAUUCUGGCUGUAGUUAUAGAACGCUGGCUGUAGUUAUAGAAAACUGAUUAGUAAACUUAUAGAAAUACUGGCUGUAGUUAUAGAACGCUGAUUAGUAAACUCAUAGAAUACUGGCUGUAGUUAUAGAAUACUGGCUGUCGUUAUAGAACGCUGAUAAGUAAACUUAUAGAAUACUGGCUGUAGUUAUAGAACGCUGGCUGUAGUUAUAGAACCCUGAUUAGUAAACUUAUAAAAUACUGGCUGUAGUUAUAGAACGCCGAUUAAAUUUAUAGAACGCUGGCUAUACUUAUAGAAAGAUGGCUGUAGAACACUAUCUGUACUUAUAAAACGCUGGUUGUACUUAUGGAAAUAUAGCACAUUUUCUAGAACGCUGGUUACAGUAAUAGAAACAUGGUUAUACAUAUAGAACCCUGGCUGUACUUAUAGAACACUGGUUACUUGUAAAGAACUCUGGCGAUAUUUAUACAACUAAGGCAAUAUUUAUAGAACCAUGUCUAUAUUUACAGAACCGUGGUAAUACUUAUAGAACGUUGGUUACACUUCCAGAACGUUGGUUACACUUAUAGAACGCUGGUUACACCUAUAGUACGCUGGUUACACUUAUAGAACGCUGGUUACACCUAUAGUACGCUGGUUAUACUUAUAGAACGUUGGUUACACUUAUAGAAUGCUGGUUACACCUAUAGAACGUUGGUUACACUUAUAGAACGCUGGUUACACUUAUAGAACGUUGGUUAUACUUACAGAACGCUGGUUACACUUAUAGAACAUUUGUUUCACUUAUAGAACGCUGGAUACACCGAUAGAACGUUGGUUACACUUAUAGAACGCUGGUUACACCUAUAGAUCGUUGGUUACACCUAUAGAACGUUGGUUACACUUACAGAACUCUGGUUACACUUAUAUUUCACUGGUUGCACAUAUAGAAUGUUGGUUGUUCUCUUAGAACCCUGCUUUUAAUUAGAGAACAGUGACUAUAAGGUGGCUUUACGUAUAGUACUAUGGAUUUUCAUCUAGAACCCUGACUUUCCUUGGCCAUUAUUAGAACCCAAAGUCAAUGUUGAGCUGGAUAAGUGAACAAGGCGUCCGAUUCUACUGGGAAUUUUUUUUUGAAAAGAAUAGAAAAAGGAUGUGAAUUUCUUCUAGUAGGCCCUAGCAGCUUUUAUGUCAAAAGGGUAAAACAUUUCAUAUUGUAUAAUGCUGUGUGGUGUUUUAUACAUUAAAUAAAUCUAUCAUAUUUUUUUUAUUGAAAAUAAACAAUAAUUAUUAUUAUAAUUGAUAAUAAUAAUAUUACUCUAAUAUUACCAGCCAGGAGAAGUACUCUAAAUGAAUGAUAAGGAUAUUUAAUAUGUAACCAGUCAUAUAGGACAGGUAAUGGUGCUAAUAUAAUAUAAUAAUAUAGGACAGGUAAUGGUGCUAAUAUAAUAUAAUAAUAUAGGACAGGUAAUGGUGCUAAUAUAAUAUAAUAAUAUAGGACAAGUAAUUGUGCUAAUAUAAUAUAAUAUAAUAUAAUACUAAAGCACAGGUAAUGGCGCUAAUAUAAUAUAAUAUACUAUUAUAGGACAAGUAAUGGUGCUAAUAUAAUAAUAUAGGAUAGGUAAUGGUACUAAUAUAAUAUAAUACUAUAGGACAGGUAAUGGUGCUAAUAUAAUAUAAUAAUAUAGGACAAGUAAUGGUGCUAAUAUAAUAUAAUAAUAUAGGACAAGUAAUGGUGCUAAUAUAAUAUAAUACUAUAGGACAGGUAAUCGUGCUAAUAUAAUAUAAUAAUAUAGGACAAGUAGUGGUGCUAAUAUAAUAUAAUAUAAUAUAAUACUAUAGGACAGGUAAUAGUGCUAAUAUAAUAUAAUAUAGUAUUAUAGGACAGGUAAUGGUGCUAAUAUAAUAUAAUAAUAUAGUACAAGUAAUGGUGCUAAUAUAAUAUAAUAUAAUAAUAUAGGACAAGUAAUGGUGCUAAUAUAAUAUAAUACUAUAGGACAGGUAAUAGUGCUAAUAGAAUAUAAUAUACUAUUAUAUGAAAGGUAAUAGUGCUAAUAUAAUAUACUAUUAUAGGACAAGUAAUUGUGCUAAUACAAUAUAAUACUAUAGGACAGGUAAUAGUGCUAAUAUAAUAUAAUAUAAUAUUAUAUGACAGGUAAUAGUGCUAAUAUAAUAUACUAUUAUAGGACAAGUAAUUGUGCUAAUAUAAUAUAAUACUAUAGGACAGGUAAUGGUGCUAAUAUAAUAUAAUAUAAUAUACUAUUAUAGGACAAGUAAUGGUGCUAAUAUAAUAUAAUAUAAUAUACUAUUAUAGGACAGGUAAUGGUGCUAAUAUAAUAUAAUAUAUUAUACUAUUAUAGGACAAGUAAUGGUGCUAAUGUAAUGUAAUAAUAUGCUAUAAUAUAGCUGCUUUAGAACCUGAGGUUCACAGCACAUUAUUGGGGCUUCCUGCUGUUUCCUGCUCUUAAUUAAAUGCCUGUGAUAUUUUACCUGUAGAUAAAUAAUAUACCUCUAAUAUUAAACAUGGCUCUUGGUAAUAAUGGUAAUGUACUAAAUUAUAUUUAUUUCUAAAGAAAAAUAAUCAGAAUGUAGAUGAAUCGUUCUGUCUGGUAUCAUAUAUUAAAUUCUUUGUGAUCAAUAUGGACACACGGAUAUAAUAGAUAGAUAGAUACUACAUGAGUUGACAAUUCUAAUAACUAUUUUCUAAAAUAUAUGUAUUGAUUUUAUGUUUAUAUAGUAUUGUAUUUUAUAAAUUAGACAGACAGUGUAUAGAUAGACAGACAGUGUAUAGACAGAUAAUGUAUAGAUAGAUAUAGAUAAUGUAUAGACAGAUAAUGUAUGGACAGAUAUAGAUAAUGUAUAGAUAGAUAUACAUAAUGUAUAUAGACAGAUAAUGUAUACACAGAUAUAGAUAAUGAAUAGACAGAUAUAGAUUAUGUAUAGACAGAUUAUGUAUAGAUAGAUAUAGAUAAUGUAUAGACAGAUAUAGAUAAUGUAUAGACAGAUAAUGUAUAGGUAGAUAUAGAUAAUGUAUAGACAGAUAUAGAUAAUGUAUAGACAGAUAAUGUAUGGACAGAUAUAGAUAAUGUAUAGAUAGAUAUAGAUUACUUAUAUAGACAGAUAAUGUAUACACAGAUAUAGAUAAUGAAUAGACAGAUAUAGAUUAUGUAUAGACAGAUAAUGUAUAGAUAGACAUAGAUAAUGUAUAGACAGAUAAUGUAUGGACAGAUAUAGAUAAUGUAUAGAUAGAUAUAGAUAAUGUAUAUAGACAGGUAAUGUAUACACAGAUAUAGAUAAUGAAUAGACAGAUAUAGAUUAUGUAUAGUCAGAUUAUGUAUAGAUAGAUAUAGAUAAUGUAUAGACAGAUAUAGAUAAUGUAUAGACAGAUAAUGUAUAGAUAGAUAUAGAUAAUGUAUAGACAGAUAUAGACAGAUAAUGUAUGGACAGAUAAUGUAUGGACAGAUAUAGAUAAUGUAUAGAUAGAUAUAGAUAAUAUAUAGAGACAGAUAAUGUAUACACAGAUAUAGAUAAUGAAUAGACAGAUAUAGAUUAUGUAUAGACAGAUAAUAUAUAGAUAGAUAUAGAUAGCGUAUAGAUAGAUAUAGAUAAUGUAUAGACAGAUAAUGUAUAGAUAGAUAUAGAUAAUGUAUAGAUAGAUAUAGAUAAUGAAUAGACAGAUAUAGAUUAUGUAUAGACAGAUAAUGUAUAGAUAGAUAUAGAUAAUGUAUAGACAGAUAUAGAUUAUGUAUAGACAGAUAAUGUAUAGAUAGAUAUAGAUAAUGUAUAGACAGAUAUAGAUUAUGUAUAGACAGAUAAUAUAUAGAUAGAUAUAGAUAGCGUAUAGAUAGAUAUAGAUAAUGUAUAGACAGAUAUAGAUUAUGUAUAGACAGAUAAUGUAUAGAUAGAUAUAGAUAAUGUAUAGACAGACAGAUAGAUCUAAUAUAUUGUAUAAUUGUAGUUUACAUUUCUAGUGUGAAUGGAGUCAUUGUAUCUCCCAUUAACACUGGCCUGUUACAGUAUGAAUCUGGGGCUCUAUUAAUUCAUGUGUGAAUAUUUCUUGACUCUCCCUGUGUCUGUCUCCUGCCCAGAUCCCAGCCCGCCAGAUGCAGACCCUAAGUGUGAGCAGCUGAUGCUGGAGGCACCCAAGCAGAGGAAGAAGCGCUCCCGGGCCGCCUUCUCCCAUGCCCAGGUCUUCGAGCUGGAGAGACGCUUUAACCACCAACGCUACCUGUCCGGGCCAGAGCGGGCUGACCUGGCCGCCUCCCUCAAGCUCACCGAGACCCAGGUCAAAAUCUGGUUCCAGAACCGGCGCUAUAAGACCAAGCGCCGCCAGAUGGCAGCAGAGCUCUUGGCCACAGCCCCAGCGGCCAAAAAGGUGGCAGUUAAGGUGCUGGUGAGAGAUGACCAAAGACAAUACCAGCCUGGAGAAGUCCUCAGACCAUCCCUGGUGCCCCUUCAGCCCCCCUACUACUACCCCUAUUACUGUGCCCUGCCAGGCUGGACGCUCUCUGCAGCCGCUGCCGCAGCAGCUGCCUGUACUGGGGGGACCCCUUGAACUCUGAAAAUGGUGGGGUGGGGGGACUGGUACCCCAAAACCCAAUCAGCCAACAGAAAGUUAUUUAUUUCCCCUACGGUGUUCAAAAGAGAGUUGGGGGGAGAUAUUGCCCCCUAAACACAUGGAGACCCAAAUGGAGGUCCUCAAAGCAAAACAGGAGGGAACAUGCCUUGAAAGUGACAAGCAUGUAAAUGUGCAGGCAGCAGGCUGUGUUCAUGGUAUCCAUGUAUUGUCUAAUGCUGUAUAGGUUUUAUAUAAUAUAGUUACAUUAUAUAUUUUUUGAGGUUUUACUUUUACUCUAUGGUUAUUGGACAAGUGAGGGUCCUUAGGAGGCAUCUGCAGAGGUCAUUAUUCAGAAGAUUCUUUAACUUGGAACUUUGGUGAUUUCCAAUGGACUUGUUGUGGUCAGUUUGGAACGUUUAGACUAUGUCUGUAAAAAGUUACUCCGUGACCAAGUGACUGAACACCCCAUGCCAAUCCUUCAUCUUAAAUCACACAAAGGACCCAGUAUGGGAAAUCCAUACAUUGGAAAUAUAAAUUUGUGUUAUGGACGUUCUAGCACUUUUCCUGACAUAAUAUUGUACUUUUUCUUCAUAUGCAAUGUGAAUAUUUCCUAAUAUAACUAUAUGGAUUUCAGGAUGGUCUAGUGCAGGGAUGUCCAAAAGGUAGAUCCCCAGAUGUUGUAGAACUACAACUCCCUUGAUGCUUUGCAUACCUUUAGAAUGCCUUUACAAUGACUAAGCAUCAUGGAAGUUGUGGUUUUAAAGCAUCUGGGGAUCUACCUAUUGGGCACCCCUGGUCUAGUGCCUUUUUCAGAAACCCAAACAAUCACUUUAAAGCUCCUUCGAUUGCUUAUUAAUAAAUCAUGUCUUCUUUCUAUAACCCGGACCAUUCUAUCUUACAUUUCACAUGAAUCAGGCACUGUGCACUCAGCUAGAUUAUUUACAAACGGAAUUGUGAAUAUUUUUAAGUUACUGUACUUUUUUUAAUUUAUAAAUUACACUUUAACGCAG